ACCGAUAUUGAUAACGAAUAGUUCAAAGUCGAGGAAGGUUUAUAAAAAGAAAAAACCGCGGUGUAGUAGCCAGUUUCUAUACCUACAUUGUUUUGAUUAGUUAACUUGUUCAUCAACAUGGUGUCAGGAAUCGUUGCUGGCAGAUUAGCUAUUGUGACAGGUGCUGGGUCAGGAAUAGGACGUGCCACGUGCCAGGUUUUGUCACGGGAGGGAGCUACCGUCAUAGCGGCUGAUAAGAACUAUGCAGCGGCUGAGCAGACUAUUAAAAGCCAUGCUGCUCUCGCUAGUGGGUUUAAUGACGCAGGCGACCACUCGGCGCUCGAGCUAGACGUAUCAGACUCCAAAUCGGUUAAACACGCGGUCCAGAAGACACUGGAACAAUACAAGGCUCCACCCACUAUAGUGGUCAACUGCGCUGGUAUCACACGAGAUAAUUGGCUGCUUAAACUGUCCGAGGAGGACUAUAGCCGGGUGCAGGAUGUCAACCUUAAGGGUACGUUUCUGGUGAUGCAAGCGUUUGCGCAGGCGAUGGCCGACAAGGGCAAGCCGGGGUCCAUCGUAAACAUAUCCAGCAUAGUCGCCAAGUAUGGCAACAUUGGUCAAACUAACUACGCGAGUAGUAAGGCGGGUGUGAUCGCUAUGACUCAGUCGGCAGCGAAAGAAUUAGGAAAAUUCAAUAUUAGAGUGAACGCAGUCCUUCCCGGUUUCACAGAGACUCCGAUCGUUGAGACUGUUCCGGAAAAAGUGAUGCAUCAAAUGAUAAAGAUGAUACCUCUGGGCAGAAUGGGCCAGCCUUCAGAAAUAGCAGAGGUGAUAACAUUCCUGAGUUCUGACAAAAGUUCUUUCGUAACCGGGGCAGCCGUCGACGUCACUGGCGGGUUCUAAACUUCCAGCAGUUAGGCGCAUGGCACACUGCUACCGAUUCGCACAUCGCUCCAAUGUUUGAGAGAGACAACGCUAUGCGCGUAGGUAUUAUAGCGACAUCCCGCUUGCACCUCGAAGCGACGUACCUACGAAUCAUAUGCAGUGUGUCGUGGUACUCGUGGUAUUCCACCUGUCCAAUGUGUAUUAUGUCUCACAUUUUGCUUAAUGAGAGAGUGAGACGGAAUGACAUUGGACCAAUAUAUUGGACAGAUGAAAUACCUCCAGGUGCGUCCGUUAAUGAUUUCUAGCUUAUGGUCUUAUUUAUAAACGCUAUAUAUUAUCUGAUUUGUCAUAUAUGAAACCUCCGCCUUGCGUGAAAUACCAACAUACCUUUUAUAACUGGUGCUGCCAUCUGUAAGUAUAUACCUAUUUAUAUUCUACUUUUCUACUUGUACGAUAUUCAAGUCUGAGUUGUUAUAAACAAAAUAAGAAUAUAUUUCACAAUAAAAAUGUUUAUUAUACACAUAAUAAAUGGAAUAAAAGUGCCUUUGUCGAUAACGGGGUUGGCAACUGUCAAACGUUUGCAUAGAUGGCGCCAUCAUAGCUUGCCCCUUUUUCUAUGAGAUUUGGCUUAAAGGGCUGGAAUCCAGGGUAUUAAAAAACAAAAAAUUACACAAUUCUAGGGAUUGACGGGGCAAGCUAUGAUGGCGCCAUCUGCAAAAAACUUCCACCGGCCAACCCCAUUAUUAUUAAAUUAAGAAAAAAUACGGAAUUAUAUUGUUAACAUACUACCCCGCGUUGUAAGUCAUUCUAGUGUUCUAGUCCAAGAUAAAUGUAACAUUAUAAUACAUAUAAAUAUUGCUAAGCGGAUUUCAUGUUCUUACACUUUAUACCAUGAACCAUGAAUUACUUUUUAUGAUAUUGUCAUACAGUCAAUAUCAUUAACGGACUACGCUGUAUUGAAUUGAAAUUAUUUAUAAGUAUCUACCAUUCUCUAAUAACUAGAGAAAAGGAUAUCGUCGCCGUAGAGCGAAAAGUCACCAAAUCGUUCAUUGGUCAUUUUUGGUUAUGAGGGUUUAAAGAAAAAAUAAUUAAAAAAAAAUUUACUGAAAUUAUCUUAAGAUAAAAUUGUGGUUUUAUAUGUGUUUAUUCAUUGGAAACUGCUAUUCUUUGGGCUCAAAAUGGAUUUAUAUUAUUCACACUAACGAUUUAGGAGCUAUAGGCGAUAAUUAAUUUUUGCCCUUAAAUAUUACACCUUAAUUAUGACUUAGUGAUUUUUUGAACGAAGUUAUUGAUUUUUUGCCCACAUUUUAGUGCGUCUAGAUUUAACUAAGUAAAGUUAGUCGUAUUAUGACUGUUGUGAUAAAGUGAAAAUACGUGUUAGUUAAAAACUUCUUACUAUA